AUGUCUCGCUACUCUAGGUCUGCCUCUUUCGUGAUUACCCUCUUCGGUAUUAUCACCAAUUCUGCGCUAGCCAUACAAGUAUUGGCAGCCUCACGGUCAAUCAAAUGGGAGCCUGAAUUCGAGUGGGAGACGUCGAAUGAUACUUGGAGGGUGGACGGUGUCAAGGUCGUAUGGGGGCUACUUCUGUCAUACUUCGUUUCAGCUGCCACAGUGUGCGCGAUAGGCUUCGUCGGCGUGGUCAAGAGCAAGCCUUCCUUUGUCAGGUUCUACCGCGAUUACUCUAUCGCCGACUUUUCCUUCUGCACGAUCGUUACAGUCUUCGGAGCCUAUGGGGCUUUUCGUAGCACGACCCGUACCGGUGUGUGCGAGGAGCUGUCUCGCCAGCCCGAGCUUAUGCGUGAUCUCGGCGAAAUGGGGCUUAGCCUGGAGAAUUGCGAACGGUGGUUCGAGCGGGCCGUCAUGGCUUUUGUGGCAUGCAUGGUUAUUGUGAUUGUUGCCCGAUUGCACUUCCUGUUGGCGGUGUCGAACUAUUAUUCACACGUCUCGAGACACGCGAGUCAGCGCAGUAGCGGUCUUCUGCCUACGUCACGGCCUCACUCCCGUACAGACUCGCUCCAGCGAGUGCUGCUUCUCCCGCGCUCAAAUCCAUCGUCGGAUCCGGAGAGCAUCACCGUAUACGCCCCAGUAUCAUUAAAGAACCUCACACCAGAGCUCCGCCAAUCAGCAACUGAAGCGUGGGUGCGGAGGUCAGAUUCGCACCGACACACAAGGUCACAAUCAAAUACGACUACGGGCAGGAUAACUCUUCCCAUUAGACCUAAUGAAGGGUUACUACCGCCGUAUUAUGACGACGUGAAGGCUUAA